AUGAGCAGCGAAGAGAGGGAGACAGAGGCGCCGAAUGUUAGCGAGCCUGCGGCGUUGGUGAAGCUGCCGGCUGAGAUUUCUUCGUCAUCUGAGGAUAGUGACAGCGACACGUAUACUAUCUGUCAGAGUCUGUUCGAUGCCCUGGUGGCCCGGGGGUUUAGCGAAAAUGCCAUCAAGAAGUCUAUCGUUGCCGGCUGCAUCGACGAAGCUACGUGCACCCAAUGGAUACAGAUGCACGAAGGACACGCAGAGCUGGACACCGCGCUCGAGGAUGGCGUCAAGGUGAUCAUCAAAGCGAAGCGCGUCUUGACCGAGGCAGAGCGCGAGGCCAAGGUGAUGGAGCUGCAGGAGCGCGUGAGGCGAAACAAGGAGGAGGAGAGGCUGGAGCUGCAGCGUAAGGAGCGGGAGCGUCUAGAAAUGGGCCGAAGAAUGGUGCGAAUGAAGAACGAGAUGGAGGAAGUGCGGCGCAAGAUGAAUGUGGAAGAGGCGCAACGCGAGAACGCCGCCGACCUAGAAGCAAAGCGGCGCGUCAAAAUUCAAAUCAUCGCUGACCGACUGGAACGUAAAGGGCACACCAGGGAUGAGGCGCUCGCGCUAGCAGAGAAGGAGUUUGAGCAGGCAGCGGAGAAAGCUCGCGCGGAGGCGGUGGAGAAGCUGAAAAAGCUACAGGAGACGCAGGUUCCCGAGCCGAGGGCCACCUUGUCGAGUGACGGUGCAUGGAACUUGUCCGCCAUCACGGCCGCCUCACGCACUCAGAAUAUGCUGGAGGGACUCUUUGCGGGAGAGGUCCCCGCAUGUGCGCCGACGCUCGUCGACGAUAUGCGCAAACGCACACCUGCCGAUCGAACGGGUGAGUGUGUGCGUACACUCCGGCUCAUCCUUGGUAACAUCAUAGCCGACCCGUUUGACACGAAGAAGCGCACGUUGCGCGUCUCCACAAAGGCGUUCCGUGACUCCAUUCUUCCUCUAGAUGAAGCGGUGCAGCUGCUGCGCUGGUGCGGGUUCGACUUAUCGACUGAUACUGCCGACAAUCAGAUCCUCUGCCUCACCACUGUUGUCAUGCGUCGCCUUCGCCAGGCGCUCGUGCUCCUGGGCAACGAGUAA